AUGUCCUCAAACGUCGGACUCACCACUCCUCGCGGAAGUGGCACAUCAGGCUACGUCCAGCGCAACAAUGCCUUCAUUAAACCCCGGGACUCAGGCUACGGCGCCCCCUACCCGCCCGUAACAGGCGCAAACAGCACAUCAGGCCACAGCUUCAAACAGCGCGUGCCUGACCAGAAAAUUCUAGAACAUGACCGAAAGCGCACGGUCGAAGUUAAGGUUAUGGAGCUGCGGGCGGAGUUGGAGGAUGAAAAUGAGCGGAUUGAGGAGGAGCAAAGCAAGAACAAGUCCAAGUCCAAGUCUACGUCUAGGUCUAUCAGUAAAUCCACCGAGGAUAAAGAGGAAGGAGAGCAGGAUGAGCUUGACGAAGCAGAAGAUAAAGCCGAGCGCAUUUUGUCAGAAGACGAGAUCGAUGCGCGAUGCGACAUGCUACGACAGGAAUUGCUGAAAGAGCUCGAUAAUCCUCGCUCUGGGAAGAUGGGUCCUCCUAAGGAUCGACGCGCGCUUAAAUCUUAUCAGGUCCAUGAUCUUGCUGAGGCCAAGAUUGAGGAGAGUGAGCGGUUGCGGAAGGCGUUUGGGCUUCGGGAGAAUCGGGAGACUGGGGAGAUUAGUAGUAGUUGGAAUGAUCGGAAGAGUGAGCGGAGAGAUGAGCAGAGGGAUGAGCGGAGGGAUUAUCGGGAUCGGAGAGAUGAUCGGAAUGGCCAGAGAGAUGACCGAAGGUAUGAUCGGAGGGAUGAUAGAGAUUAUCGGAGAGAUGAGCGCAGAGAUGAGCGCAGCCGAUACUGA